AUGAUCAGCAGAAGGAUUAUAUCAAAGAAUUUUUUGAAAAACAAACUUCCAUUGCAACCACAGUUAGCACUUACCCCCCAUUUGAAAAAUCAGUAUAACCCACAGUUAACUUUGCAACCAUAUCAACAACUAAGGUUAUUAGCAACUCAUGUUGAGGAAUUUGAAAUUGAUUACAUUUCUUUAACCAAGAGAGCCAAAAAGCCUGAUUUUAAAAAGAACGUGAAUAAACAACCUGUAUUAAAUCUUGAAACACCAGGUGGUUUAUGGUAUCCUUUUGAAAAAUUGAUUGAUUACAACGAACCUUUGUGUGAACCUUUAUUAGAUUUUUAUUAUUGGGAGGGAAAUGUCAGAAAUGAAGAAGGUGAAUUAGAUGAUUUAGCUUUUGCAAAAGAGUUUUACACCGAAUUACUCGUUUUUCAACACUUUUUACAAGAAGCUUACGAAUACAGAAUUAAACAAUUUUCAGAUUUAACCAAUACUGAAGUGAUUAAUGCUUUAUAUAUUUUUAAGGAUUAUUAUACUCGUGGUGAAAUUCAUGAAGUUACCAAUACAAACGAAGCAAAGUACAAUGACAUGACCAAGUUUUUCCUUGAGUUCGUAAAAGAGGAUCCGUCAUUCAUACAAAACCUUUCGACUGAUUUAUUACCUCAAGUUCAAAAAAGUGAAGAAAUAAUGGACUUUUUGGAAAAUGGAUUAUACUUUUACAUCCCAGAAUUGAAAUCAUUAGAUCAAGAAUUUAAUUUUAAAAAAAUCAGAUCAAAAACAGAUUUAUUACUUCAAAUUGAAAAAAUGUUGAAAAAUUUUGAUGAAUAUCUUGAAUCAAAUUCCAAAGUUGAUGAAAUGUUUUUUAAAAUAUCUGUACAAGUUGCUAGGUAUAAAACUUUGAAACUGAUGUUGGAAGUUACAAAAACUCCUUUAAAAUUAAUAAAAAAAAUUAUCACAAAGAAUGAUUUUUCAGAUGCUUUGUGGUAUAAGACAUUUGAAAAUUGUGAAAAAGAUGUCAAUUUCACUACAUACGAUCAAUAUGCUUUAAUAUGGAAUAAAUUAUAUUUUGCAAAUCAAAUUCCGAAAACCAAAAACUUUUUUAAGUUAGCUACAUCUUUGUACAACAUCACACAGGAUGAAGGAAACCCAUUUAAGGAGGAAGCAGAAAUUUUAUUUGAUGCCUUGAUGGAAGAUCAAUUAAAAGCUGGUAAAAUCUUACCCACUUUAGUUGAGGAAGAUUUGGAAUUAUUAAAUAUUAAGUUUACUUCGAAUUUCGAAGAUAAUUUUAAGUUAAAUUUCUUAUACAGCAUUGGUUAUAAUUUCGAAAAUAAACUUGAUGCUGAUACAUCCCAAGAACUUUGGAAACAUGGUGAGAUUGUGCCAGGGUUUAUAUUUGCUUUGUUUCACGAUUUAAAUUUUGAUAAACUCAAUGAUCUAAUCAGUACUCCUGAGGUCUUUCUCAAAUACCUUGAACUAAAAGGUCAAUCUUUGGCUAGAUGUUUCCCAUUGGAUUCGAUGAUAAUGAGAUACUUGAAAAAUUUGAAGCUGUUGAAAAACAAAUAUGAUAUUUCAUUUGAUUUAUUUGCUAGCACUAGAGAACUUUGUGAUUUCAUUUCGCUGGAAACCGAUGCAGAUAUAGGCUUUAUUAAGGCAAUUGAGGAGACUUCUAUUUAUUGUGGAAACAAUUUGAAAGCUUUGGAUGAUUUAGUCGAAGAGUUAGAAGAGGACGAAAUUGAGUCAUUAUCAAAUGAAAAUUAUGAGGAGAAGUUGGACAAACAUACAUCAUCAAGUUAUAAGCAACUUCCAGAUUGGUUGAGACUUGAAAAUCAUAUACCUGAAAUUGAGUUUUUGAAAGAAACAUUAGGUAGUUUUGAGGAAAAAGACAAAGUUUUGAAGAAGGCAGGUCAAAUUUUGGAGGAAAUUUUGAAUGAUGAUUCUAAGUAUCCUGAAAUAAAUCAUGGAAGUUUUAAUAAAUUGGUUGGAAAAUUGAGAGAGUUCAGCAUUAACAAUACCAAAAAUUGUUUAGAAAUUUUGAACACAGUUGUUUUAAAUAAUGAUAUUUUUGCUCAAUUUGAAAAAUCAAAGAAUUCAAAAUUAGCUCCUACUACAGAAUCAUCUACUACAUAUGUUCAAAUUCCAGAUGACUUACAGUUAUCAAGCUUCACUAAUGAAUUAACUAAAUUGAAAGAAUCUUUAGGUGGUCAGCCAUUUGAACUGCAUGAUAGAGAAAAAAUUAUCAAUACUUUGAAUUAUCAAAUUGAUCAAUACUUUGCAGAAUCAAAUAAUGGUGUGAAUUUAUUAGCUUCCAAUAAUUCAGAAAUUUUUCAAUGCAUUCGCUUAAAAAGGAGAUUGGCUCGAUUAUUUGAUUUAAAUGGAAAUCAUACGAUGGCUUUAGAUGUGUUAUUGAAUUCUCAAUCUGUUUUUGAAGAGUUUGAAAAGGGUAAGGAAGUAGUAGUCAAACCAGAAUACAAACAAAUACCAAAUGACUUUCAGUUGGAAGAAUAUAUCAUUGAAUUGGAGCAGUUAAAGAAUGCUUUGAACAUUGAAAAAUUUGAAGAUGUUAAUGCUGCUGAUAUUUUAGCAAAAGUUAAGAAUUUAUCUGAUGCUAGUUAUGCAACCAAAGAUAAGAAAAUUAUAUGGAAUAAAUUAUACAGAAAUUUGGCAAUGUUGUUUAAACAUAAUAAUAAUAGCUCGUUUGCUUUAGAUAAUGUUGUGACUAGUGCAAAAGUAUUUAAGAAUGUUCAAAAUAUAUUCAAAAAGAAUGCAAAAAAUGCAAUUGAGCAACAAACUGAGUUCUUCAAGGCAGCAGAAGUCAAAGUGUUGGAAUCAUUUUUGAACGAAUCUAGGUUGUUAUCGAAUUCAGAUCUUUAUCUAGUAUCAAAAGCCAAAUUUGAGGACUUAAUUAAUAAAUAUGCAUCCAGUUUGGAUAGUUCUUCAUCAGAGUAUUUGUUUCAAAAGGCUGUACUUGAUCAAUUAAAACAGUACAACUUGGAGAUUGAACAUUACCCAGCAUUCAUUACUUGCCUUUUUGCAAUGAAUAAAAGUAUUGUAGGGCCAAUGACAUCCGAUACUAUUAAAGAAUUUUAUAAUGAUUUGAAGAAAUCAUUUGAUGGAAAAGCUGAGGAAGCUGUUGCUCAUGGUAGUACAUCAGUCAGUAGUAAAUUCGAUAUGGAUCAAUUUAAACAAAAUAUUACAACAACAAAGACAAAUAAUCAAUACCAUGAUUCUGAGAAAUAUUUUGCAGAUUUGGACAAAAAGGAAGAAACUGUUGCAGAUUUUGAAAUAAAUGAUGAACAUUUUGCUCCAGGUACUUUUCAAGUUGCUGAAGACGACUUUGCAACAUUUGUAUACGAGAAAGAGAACAUGAAAGAACCGUUAAAACCUGUUAAAUUUGAAAAAGAAAUCAAAGAUGUUGAAGAAAAGAACUCCUUAAAAGAGUCACAAUUACCUAUUGAGAAUUUAGCAAAUGAAAAAGUGGAACCUCAAGAAAGCGAAGAGAAGGAUAUUGGAUGGGAAGAACCAUAUGAAGAAUUACCAGGAUAUUCAUCUUCAUACAUGCUUUUAACGUUGAAUGGGGAUUCUAUACCAAUAUCUAAAUCAUUAUUGGGAAAUAUAAAAUCGGAUGAAGAUAUUUUUCAAAUACUUAGAAAUUUCAGCAAGGAAGAACUUUUAAUGAUCAAUGAAAAAUUGAAUAAUUUGCAAUUUAAAAAUUGGAAAAUUGUUGGUUAUAAAAUUAUGGAUGGUAGAAAAUAUCUUAUUUUGAGCAAAGAUUCAACUACUAGUAAUAAAUUUGGUAAGGUAAAAGAUAUAUUUUCGGUCGUUGGAAUCAUAUUGUUAAGUUUAAUUGGACUUAAUAUGUAUUGGGAAGAACCAAUGGACUAUAAAGAGAAUCAACAUCAACAGAAUGAACCUUUAAGAGUAAUUGAUGAUACCAUAGUUCCUAAUGUGGGGGAGAAUAUGUAUAUAACUCACGAGGAAGAUCAUGCUCAAAAACCAAAAGAAACCAGAUCCAGUUGGAGAAAAAUAUUCUGGGCUUGA